AUGGACGAGAGCACCGAAAAGCAGGCGGCCGACUUUCUUGCGCGACGCGAGGUGCGUGGAGAUGAAGAGAGCCAGGACCCUGAUCAGCGCAAGCCCCAGUCACGGACUGGGCUUCAGCCAACAACAGCUACAGGCAAUGCCGACUUGGCUGAGCAUCUCUCUGCUGAGCCAAAGAGCGAAGCCAUUCCUAAGCUGAAGCUUACGUCUGGCAAUCUUGCCAUGUUGAAUCAGCAAUCAAGCACCAAUGCUUCCAAGAAGAGCAAGUCUGUUUGCUCCGAUGCAGCGUCGCAUGGUGCCGCCUCUGUCUUAAGCCGAGAGGCUCAAGUCUUCCUUCCACCUCCUCCCGACCCUAUCGUCCAGCAAGAUGACUGGGCGUUGAAGAAGUAUCCUUCUCUUGCUAGAGUUUCCAAGAAAGGGUGCAGUGCUGAUAUUGCGUUUGCUGCGCUCAGAGCUAUGGGAGAUUGCGACUAA